GCCCAAACACCAGACACAGACUCCACCACCCCGCUUCGAUCUUCUGUUGCAGCUGAAAUCUGUCAGAUUCUGCAGUUCAUUCCAAAUGGCUGCUGCAGCAGAGCACGGCAACUGCGAUGCUUGGGCGGCCAGAGACCCUUCUGGGGUUCUCUCACCAUACAAGUUUAACCGCAGGGCAGUGCAAAGCAGCGACGUUUCGCUGAAGAUCAUAUACUGCGGGGUGUGUUACGGUGACGUUAUGUGGAUACAGAACAAGCACAACGACUCAGUUUAUCCUCUGGUUCCUGGGCAUGAGAUAGCUGGGGUUGUGACUGAGGUUGGCGCAGACGUCAAGGCCUUCAAGGUGGGUGACCACGCAGGCGUUGGAACCUACGUGAACUCGUGCCGGCACUGCGAGAACUGCAACAGCUCUCUGGAGAACUACUGCCCAGAAACAGUUUUCACUUACAACACAACUGAUGCUGAUGGGACCAUCACAAAGGGGGGCUACUCCACUCACAUUGUCGUCCAUGAAAGGUACUGCUUCAAGAUACCCGAUGGCUACCCUCUGGCGCAGGCAGCGCCUCUUCUGUGUGCUGGAAUCACCGUCUAUACCCCAAUGGCGCGGCACAACAUGAAGCAGCCUGGGAAGUCGCUGGGAGUCAUUGGGCUCGGUGGCCUAGGCCACAUGGCGGUCAAAUUUGGCAAGGCCUUCGGCCUCAAGGUCACGGUUUUCAGCACGAGCGAAUCGAAGAGGGAAGAAGCCAUUAACCUCCUUGGAGCAGAUAACUUUGUUAUAUCGUCAGACACGCAGCAGAUGGAGGCCCUGAAAAACUCCCUGCACUUCAUAGUUGACACUGCUUCUGGUGACCAUCCAUUCGAUCCGUAUCUCUCGCUCCUUAAGGUUGGCGGUGUGAUGACAAUAGUGUGCUUUCCAAGUGAGAUCAAGAUGCACCCUGCGAGCCUCAAUCGUGGUGGGCGGACCUUGUCUGGUAGUAUUGUCGGAGGUACAAAAGACAUCCAGGAGAUGGUUAACUUUUGCGCGGAGAACAAAAUCUAUCCAGAGAUCGAGAUCAUCAAGAUGGAUUAUAUCAACGAGGCUCUCGCCAGGCUUGUUAACCGAGACGUGAAAUACCGCUUUGUCAUCGACAUCAAGAACUCUUUCGAGUAGCAUGCUCAUUCACAUGAUCCCUGUCUUCUUUGUCAAUGUAUGAGAGAUAAUGAGUCGUUUCGAAUAAAGCUUAGACAUGAUAAAUAA